AUGGCUCCCCGGCACCAGCACGUCUGUGGGUUCUACUACUCAACAUAUCAAACCGGCACCCAGAGACACUACCUCCCACAGCUCGGGCUCAAGUCACACACAACCAUCCUCUCGAAAACUUCUCGAACACUUCUUACCCAGACUUUCAUCAACCCUGACCAGACAAAGGCCAUCAAGAACGUGCGCUACACGUUCCCACUUUACGAUGGAGUUUCUGUCGUUGCUUUCACCUGUCGCGUCAAUGGCCGGCUUAUCAAGGGCCAAGUCAAGGAAAGGGAGAAGGCAAAGGCCGACUUCAACAAAGCAGUUGAGCAUGGCCAGGUCGCUGGUCUGAUGGAGCAGCUUCCUAAUGCCGCCGAUGUUUUCUCCACAACAGUGGGCAACAUCCCCCCAGGCGCCACCAUCACCACCGAAAUUACCUACCUUGGUGAGUUGAAACACGACGCAGAAGUCGACGGCAUCCGCUUUACCAUACCCACCGCAAUCGCCCCUCGUUACGGCAGCUACCCGGGUGAGCUGCUCGACAAGCCAGACUCAACCCAUGCCCAUGCCAGCUCUGGCAUGGAGAUUGUCGUCGACGCAAUCUUCGAUGACGGCUCGCCCAUCAAACAACUACGCUCCCCAACCCACCCCAUCGCUGUCUCUAUGGGGACCACUUCGGCAGCUCCCGACAAAGAGCCCACUAUGACGAGGGCAUCCGCAACCCUGAGUCUCGGCACAGCAGAGCUCUCUGCAGACUUCGUCAUUCAGGUGGUUGCGAAGGACACGGGCAAUCCCACUGCAAUCCUUGAGACGCAUCCGCGCAUCCCUUGCCAGCGCGCUCUCAUGACAACCCUGGUACCCAAAUUCUCGCUACCGUCAAUUCGCCCGGAAAUUGUCUUCGUCUGCGACCGCAGCGGUAGCAUGGGAAGCGACUCCAAGAUACCCACAGCCGUCCAAGCCCUCAAGGUCUUCUUGAAGAGCUUACCCGUCGGCGUGAAAUUCAACAUCUGCUCCUUUGGCAGCCAUUUCGACUUCCUCUGGCCAAGAAGUCAAUCUUAUAGCCAGGCGUCCCUCGAAGAAGCCAUCAGACAUGUCGAGAGUUUCGAUGCCAACUACGGCGGCACGCAAAUCUUCGAGCCGCUGAAAGCAACCAUCGAGAAUCGCUACAACGACAUGGAGCUCGAGGUCUUGCUCCUCACCGACGGCGAGGUCUGGGACCAGGAGACCAUCUUCAAGUAUCUGAACACCGAGAUUCACGAAAAGAAGCAGCCAAUCCGUGUCUUCACCCUAGGAGUGGGGCCUGAUGCAAGCUCGGCUCUUGUUGAAGGUGUCGCAAGAGCAGGCAACGGCUUCUCUCAGGCCGUCGGAAACAAUGAGAAGAUGGACAAUAAGAUUGUGCGCAUGUUGAAGGGCGCUCUUUCCCCACACGUCACCGACUAUAGUCUGGAAGUCAAGUACACGGACGAGAAAGAGAUCGAUGCCGACGACGGCUUCGAACUUGUCGAGAAAGUCACCGACAGCCUUCGUGUUAACCUCAAUCUGCAAGAUGAGGGAUCCAAGCGCGAUGCUCCGAGUGGCAUCGACUCUGGGGGCGUCAAUUCUAAUGCUCCACAGCAGGAUCCGAAAAAUCCAAUCUCACUGUUUGAUCCCUCGGUAGACCUCGACGCCCCAGACGCUCAAAAUACGUCCAGCGAUGGUCAAGAUCGCUACGCGCAUCUUCCUCCACUUGAAACUCCAGCUAUUAUUCAAGCACCUUCUCGAAUCCCCCCACUCUUCCCCUUUAAUCGCAGCACUAUCUAUCUACUCCUGUCACCAAACUCGCCAGCAGCCACCCGAACGCCAAAAUCAGUCAUCCUCCGUGGUACCUCAUCUCAUGGCCCCCUUGAGCUCGAGAUUCCAGUGAUAGUCGCUUCGGAAAAUGAGGGCAAAGGAGAGACUAUCCAUCAACUUGCCGCGCGCAAGGCUGUUCGCGAACUGGAGGAGGGACGCGGUUGGCUUUCGGAGGCUGUCGACGCCACCGGCUCCCGGUUGAAGGAGAAAAUGGAGGGGCGUUGGGACGAAAUGAUCGAGCGCGAAGCCGUACGCUUGGGCGUAGAGUUCCAGGUCGGCGGCAAGUGGUGCUCCUUCGUCGCGUUGGAGGAAAACCAAGACGAAGAACUGAGCCACGACUGGGAAUAUUUGGACGUCAGUCCAAAUGUCUCAGAAGAAGGGGCCUCGUCCAACACCAACCUCGCCGACUACCAACAGAGCCUCAUGAUUCUCCGGCAGCAAAACUCACACCCAAGACGCGCCAUGGUCUCCUCCGCUCCCGGCGGUCGUGGCGGAGGUAUGCCCGGCGCCGUGGUCACAGCGUUUGCCGCGACGUCCGCGGCCCCGGCGGCCCAGGAGUCCGAAGAUGAGGACAUGGGCUUCGGACUCUUCGACGGCCCUCCUUGUUCUUCUUAUUCUCCUACUUCUCCUACUUAUUCUCCUGCUUCUGCUUCACACCCCCCUAUUUCUCCUUCUUAUUCUCCUUCUUCUCCUUCCGGCCCUCAGCCGGCUUACAUGCGUUUAAGUACGGCGGCGCCGGCGCCGGCGGCGCUCUCGCCAAUGCGCAAGCGGAAGAAGAGGAAGGUGGGAUCCGGCUCGGCACAAGCUGUUGAAAGCACGAACGCGUUGUUUAGUAUUGAGGCGGAGGAGGAUGAAGAGUACGAGGGUCCGGAGGAUGAGGCCGACGGCGGCGCUUCGUCUCUUCAGCAGAUCAUCGCGCUGCAGUCUUUCGACGGAUCGUGGCACAUUGACGACAAGCUUUUGAAAGUUGUGGGCGUACUGCCUAGUACCGGCAGCACCACCGAGGCCAUGAAGGCGUUGGGUUGUGUCGGAGUCUCGUCGGAGGAUAUUUACAAGGUGGCGGGGACGGUGUUGGUGGUUGCGUUCCUAAGGCUGAAGUUGGCAGACGAGGAGGACUCGUGGGAGUUGAUCGUUGAGAAGGCAGAGGAUUGGCUUCAAGGAUGUUCUGUAGUAGGUGCGAAGGAGCUGGAGGACAUGUCAGAGAAAGCGAAGGCCAUGGUUUUGGGGAAGCUGGAGUAA